AAUGUGGCCGAGUCUGAAUCUUUGUGGCAUGUCACUUUUUCGAAGAUAGAUGUAAUACUGGACAGUGAUGGGAAAAAGAUAGACUACACAGUGAAUCUUAACCAACUAACCAGCAAAUUACUAAAAAGCAGUAAGCAGGAUGAAGCCUGUCUUGCAGAACUGUCCCUGGCUCUGUCUCUGGAGUGCAGCUUUAAGGAAAAGUGCUUGCGUGCAGCCAGUCUGAGGGUGCGUUCCCUACAUGUAGAGGUGCAUGAAAGUCUCUUCAACAGUGACCUGUUGCAGAAGAAGCUGGUUUCAGCAGUGCAGAGCAACACUGAAGGGAGCUGUAACAUUGAGGAACAGGCAAACCUAGGAGAUGCUGAACCUCCCAAGUGGUUGCAGCUUGUUGAGCGGCUUCCUUGUAAGCUGGAUGUGGCUUUUGAGAACAGCACUGUGGUCCUGUCUAUGAACAGCCAACAGAGGCACCUAAACUGGACAUUAAAGCUCCUACAAUAUUCUUAUUUACGUGAAGAGGAUCAGCUGCCCAUGCGCAAGUUCAUUGGCACUUCAGAACUUGCUCAAAUGACCUCUGAACUGCUAGUGGAAGAUGGUCUGCUGUUGUCUCAGAGCCGACAGAGAAUUGUCUGCUUGAACCACUUAAAAGCCAGUGUACAGGUAACAUCCAUUGAUGUCCAGAGCAAUGCAACUCUCAAUACUUGCAUCAUCCAUUACCGUCACCAGGAGUUUUCUCAUUGGUUCAGCUUGCUGGCGCUGGAUCGUCAGUUACAAAAGGAUGCAAAAGCCUCAACCAAAAAUAAUCGACCUCUUCCUGUGAUAUUAGCACCAAUAGUUUUCAAUUCGAACAUCUCUAACGUCAAUGUGUCUGUCCAGCUUGAGGAAGCCCAACCUUUUGCUGUGGGAUUUUCAUCUGUGUCACUGGAGUUGAAGCACCUACGCACACAGAAUCUUCAUCAGAGGGUUCUUCUGGCUGUCAGUAACCUGUGUUGGAGGGUAGGAAAAGACUCUCAUAUCCAGCAGGCUCUUCACCCUCCAAAUACUCAUGUUUGGGGUGAGGCUUGUGUUCUCGACUCCUUUAGUUUACAGGGCAGCUACAAUCAAUCGCUGGGUGUAGGCGGCAUGCAGGCAGACACCCUCUUCAUAGAAUCCACUGUGCAAGGCCUGCAGAUAGAAUUUUCAGACACCUGUGCAGAAUGUCUCGCUCGUGUUCUGAGCCUCAUGCCAGUAGCAUCUAAGCAACCUGUGCCGACUUCACAAGACCCACUGUCUCCUGCUUCUCCACAUGGGGAAGCCACCAGCAAGUUAGCUGUUCUCUGGAAGGUAGAUGUGCGUGUAGAAGAAGUGAAUUUGUUUACAUUGUCCAAUCUAGUGGGUGCCUCUCAAGUGAGAAUAGACCUGCUUACUCUGGUGGGAAGUGCGGAGAGCUGCAGUCUGAGCCUGCAAGGCGUGGCCUUAUCCCUGCUGAAAUCCAUCACUGAGAAGAUGGAACCAUGCUGCAAAUCCCUGGACAUUAGUGAACCACUGCUCUACUUCUCCAUCAUGUCCAUGUCUUAUUACACUACUAUUCAAGCAUUAGAGGUGCAAUGUGGUGAGGAGCUGCUUCUACACUGGAGUCCCUGGGAUCACAUGUACUUGUAUCAGCACACACUGUCCACUCUACAUUGCAGGGAUCUACUGUUGACAACCUUAGCCAAAGGAACCCAACCUGUGGAGCCAGUUAGAACUGACUCUGGAGCUUCUUCACCCACACAAGGUCAGACUUCAGUUGCAGGGAGCCCGGGAAUCCAUCGAAAGGGACUUCAGAUUACUGUGGAUUUGAGCUCUGUGAAACUAAGAGCCACUGUUACUAAGGACAACUAUUUUCUGUUCAUGGCUCAGAACAUCUGGCUUAGUCAACAUGGAGGCUCUCUUCAGCUGCGCUCUCCUGAGAUCAUAGUCAAUGCAGAUGGGCACAAUAUAUUUCUUUUUAAAGACAUUGAUGCACAAAGACUACCUGAACUGGAAGACAUGCUGCUACAUCGCAGUCAUUUCAACACACUUCUUACAGAAAGGAAUCGAGCCUGGGUUCUGGCUCUUAACAGCGUUUCCAUGGAAUUCCCACAUCGCUAUGACUUCUCUUCCAUACUUGAUGAGGCCAUAGGGGUGCAGAAGUGGCUUAAAGGACUCCAUCGCUCACCUCGGACUGGGCCUGAACCUUUACCACCCGAUCUGGUGUUCAGAGUUAAACAGUUUUCUUUUGCGUUCUUGGAUGAUAUAUUUGAGGUUAAACUGAGGGACAAUUAUGAGUUGAUGAAGGAUGAAAGUAAAGAAAGUGCCAAGAGGUUACGGCUACUUGAUGACAAGGUGACUGCUCUCCGAAAACAACAUGGAGAAUUGCUACCAGCCAGGAAAAUUGAGGAACUUUAUUCAUCGCUGGAGAAGAAAAACAUUGAGAUUUACAUCCAGCGCUCCCAUCGCCUUUACAGCAACACCCCCAUGAGGAAGUCUUUGCUCACCUGGACCAUGUCUGAUUUGGAAAUAGUAGCCUUGGCUGAUGAGUCUCUUCAUGGACCAGACAAGGUGCUGGAGAAUAUGAGAGACAUUGACAGUAUCAGCCCUUUUCCCUCCGAGGGCUUGUCUUUAGUAAUUCAGUGGUGUCGCAUGAUGAAGUGCUCUCUGAAAACAUUUUAUGUGCGAAUUCGGGACUACCCUCGAUAUCUCUUUGAAAUCCGAGAUUGGCAUCUUUCUGGCAGACUGCUUGGGGCUGAACAAAGUGGACAAGCCAGUGCCCGAAGAAAACAAGUCGUUCACUUGGGAGCUCCAUGGGGUGAUUCAGUUGUAGAGAGGAACAUGCCACCCCUCAAAUUCUUCUAUGACUUUCACUCUGACAUACAGUUAUACACGAUUGUGUGGGGACCAUGCUGGGACCCAGCCUGGACCUUGGUGGGCCAGUAUGUGGAUCUUCUUACCAAAGCUUCUGUGGAUCCCAGUGCCCCAUUACCGUGGUGGGACAAGAGCAGGCUGCUUCUUCAUGGACACUUCAGCAUGGACAUUGAACAGGCUAAUCUUCAUCAACUAGCAACUGAGGACCCGUAUAACACAACAGAGAAUAUGCACUGGGAGUGGAAUCGACUCAAGUUUGCUUGGAAUCCAGGACAGUUUAUCUUCAAAGGAGAUCUGGAUGUCAAUGUACGAACAGCAUCUAAGUAUGAUGACUGCUGUUUCCUUCACCUGCCUGACCUGGUUAUGAUCUUUGACCUGCAGUGGUUGUGCCAUGGGAACCCCCAUGAUCAUCAUAAUGUAGCACUUCGUUCCCCUGACUAUGUCGCAGAGUUCUCUUCCAUCCAGCCUCAUGACUCUUACCGUGCCUUCCGCUCUGAGAACCUCAACCUUUCCAUUAAGAUGGACCUGUCUCAGUCACAUAAUGAAGUGUGCCAGCCUCGCAUUUUGGUAUACAGCAGCACCUUACGUUGGAUGCAGAAUUUUUGGGCAACAUGGAGCAGUGUGACCCGCCCCAUCUGUAGAGGGAAGCUGUUUAAUAACCUGAAACCGGGAAAGAAGAAGCUGGGACAGCACUACAAGCAGCUCUCAUACACUGCAUUAUUUCCACAGCUACAGAUCCACUACUGGGCCUCCUUUGCCCAGCAGAGAGGGAUCCAGGUGGAGUGUAGUCAAGGCGAAAUCUUCACCCGUGGAGUGCAGAGACUCAUCCCACAAGAUGCCAUUAAUCACACAUUAGCUGUUCAAGUGAUGGUCUGUUUGGCUGGUACAGUGAUGCGUCGCCUCAUCUCAGAGUGGAGUGUACCUCAAAUGACCAGCAAACUCAACCUUGUCACUGUACAUCUUAUGGCCUCUGCCUGUGAUGAGAAUGCAGAUCACCAGCUUGACAACCUGGUACAGAAAACCCAUCUGCUCAGUCUUUCAUCACUGAGCUAUGACAGACAGGAACUGUCUCCUACUGGUGAAGAGAAUGCCAUCUACACCCACCGGCUGCAUCUGGUUGACCUCAGGGCUUCUUGGACAACUCUUAACAGAGACAUAGCUUUUGGUCUUUAUGAUGGCUAUAAGAAAGCAGCAGUCCUGAAGCGAAAUCUCUCCACAGAGGCCUUGAAAGGACUCAAAAUUGAUGCCCAGUUGCAGGCUAAGAAGCUGAAACGCAGCUCCUCACGCAACUUUCCUUCUCCAAAGCAUGCCACACCACCUGUAGUUACUGGAAGGAGUGAGAGAUCUCUAUCUGGAGGAGCUGACAUGCUACAGAAGUUGAUUGAGGAAACUGAUAAAUUUGUCGUUUUUACUGAAGAGGAGUCUGGUGUGAGUGAGCAGUUGUGUGGAAAAGCUGCCUGUCAGGACACAGACAUCUAUAAUCACAACUGGCUUAUUGAGCUGGUAAACUGUCAGAUGGUGCUUCGAGGAGCUGAGACAGAAGGCUGUGUGAUUGUGUCUGCAGCAAAAGCCCAACUUUUGCAGUGCCAGCACCACCCAUCCUGGUAUGGAGACACCCUAAAGCAGAAAACAUCUUGGACCUGCCAGCUCGACAGCAUGCAGUACUUUGCUACUACUGAGAGCAGCCCAAGUGAGGGAGAAGCUGGACAGCGCUGGCUGGAGGUCAAAAACAUUGAGGAACAUCGUCACAGGAAUCUGGACACUGUGCAAGAGUUGAUGGAGAGUGGUCAGGCUGUUGGAGGCAUGGUCAACACAACUACAGACUGCAGUCAGCCGACAGAGGCCCAGCAAAACCAACAGGUCCAGAGAAUAAUCUCCCGCUGUAAUUGCCAUAUGUAUUACAUCAGCUAUAGUCAUGAUAUUGACCCAGAGCUGGCUUUGCAGAUUAAACCACCCCCAACACCUUUACACCCAGAGAAGGAAGACUUGCUUAAAGGACAAGAAGCUGCUGCAGAUACAUUUACCCUCAAACACCAGCAUCUGGAGAUCUCCACAAAUCCAGCACAGUAUGCCAUGAUCCUGGACAUAGUUAACAACUUGCUUCUACAUGUGGAGCCAAAGCGUAAGGAGCACAGUGAGAAAAAACAGAGAGUGCGUUUUCAGCUGGAGAUCUCCAGUAACCCCGAGGAGCAGCGCAGCAGUAUCUUGCACCUCCAGGAAGCUGUACGACAACAUGUCCUGCAAAUCCGCCUGCUGGAGAAGCAGAUGUACUCUAUAAUGAAGCGGCUGCAUGAUGAGAGUAAGAAUGAUAUGCUGCAUGAACAGCACCAAAAGCUUCAGACUCAGCUUUGCCAAGAGAAGAUGGACUUGCAGCAGAAGAGUGAAGAGCUGAACAUCCUUAUUAGGUGUUUCAAAGACUUCCAGCUGCAAAGAGCAAACAAAAUGGAGUUGCGUAAACAGCCAGAAGAUGUAAGCGUGGUUCGUCGCACAGAAUUCUAUUUUGCACAGGCACGGUGGCGCCUCACUGAGCAGGAUGGACAGCUUGGCAUUGCAGAGUUGGAGCUGCAGAGGUUCCUGUAUAGCAAGGUAAAUAAGUCUGAUGAUACAGCUGAGCAUCUCUUGGAGCUGGGCUGGUUCACCAUGAACAAUCUGCUACCCAAUGCAGUUUACAAGGUGGCUCUGCGACCACAGAGCCCUGCUCAGUCUGGUAGACAACUUGCACUAAGGUUGUACAGCAAAGUUCGCCCACCUGUUGGUGGCAUCUCAGUCAAAGAGCACUUUGAGGUGAAUGUGGUGCCUCUCACCAUCCAGCUGACACAUCAGUUUUUCCACAGAAUGAUGGGAUUUUUCUUCCCAGGACGCAGUGUAGAGGAAGAAGAGGUUGGGGAUGAAGAAGAUAAAUCAAAACUUGUUACAACAGGGAUGCCAGUAGUGAAACCAAGGCAACUCAUUGCAACUGAAGACACAGUAUCUCUUGGUCCAGGCAAAGGUGUUGGACAGGGUUUAAAUCGAACAACAGGAGUCAGACGAUCAUUUAGAAAAGCACCAGAGCAUCCUGUGGAUGAUCUGGACAAAAUGAAAGAGCGAGCUGCCAUGAACAAUUCAUUUAUCUACAUUAAAAUCCCACAGGUGCCUCUCUGUGUCAGCUAUAAGGGUGAGAAAAACAGUGUGGACUGGGGAGACCUCAAUCUGGUGUUGCCUUGUCUGGAAUAUCACAAUAAUACUUGGACGUGGCUGGAUUUUGCCAUGGCAGUGAAGAGAGACAGUCGCAAGGCUCUGGUUGCACAGGUCAUUAAAGAGAAACUACGACUGAAACCUGCUGCAGGUGCAGAGACAAAAGGCAAGACUGAGACAAAGACUGACAUGAAUCAACAGGAGGAGGACGAGAAGGCGAGACUUCUCAUUGGACUCAGUAUGGCUGAUAAAAAUACUGGAAAGAAAUCCAUAUUUGGCAGAAGGAAAUAA